AUGCUUCUUGAUCCCACAUACUGGAUUCAACAUCCUCCUCGAUUCCGUUAUUUGAUACAACAGAUUUCUACUCUACUGCCUGCUUUAGAGUCUGACCCAGGCACACAGAACCACAAUUGGGUUGCAGACCUUUUUGUCGAAGAUGUGCAGGCUACCACACUGGUGAAGACCCCAAUCAUGGACAGCGCUGGCUCGGUCACAGAGCCUGAACCUGAAGAUAUCAUUGUGCAGGCUACCACACCAGCGAAGACCCCAAUCGCGGACAGCGCUGGCUCGAUUAUGGAGCCUGAACCUGAAGAUGUCACUGUGCAGGCUACCACUCUGGUGAAGACCCCAAUCGUGGACAGCACUGGCUCGAUUACAGAGCCCGAAUCUGACACAGAGAUUGUGCCUCUUCAAGUUACCUCAGGGCCGUGCACAGAUUCAGGCUCAACAACUGAACCAGAAUCUGAUGAAAACAGUCCAGCAGCCACAUCAACUCCAGGAAGCACCACUAUACCACCAUGUCUUGAAUGUCUCGAUCCACACUCAUUCUUCGCUACUCCAAGUCCCCCUCCUCCAGAUUCAAUUUACUGGAAAUACGUCACACAUGAAGAAGACUCAAAGUGUUGUGCAUCAGUGGAAGCGAGAGCUGCAGGCAUUGUUUGA